UCGGUUUGGUUUGGUUUUGGAGUCAAAAUAGUUCGGUCGAACCGAACCGACCGAAUUUAAUCUUAAACGCAGCGUUUUAUUAUAGAGUUAUAUCAAUUCAGUUCACUUCCCAUCCCACGUCCUUCUUCACGCGGCGCAUACGAUACCUUCAUCUCUCUCAGACCAAAUCCCUAAUCUCCAUCCUUCGCGUCUUCAUCUCUCUUCGGUCCCGCAGCCACAGCGAGCCACCCCAAUUGCCAGUCCUACAGCCACCCACCGGCCACCCACGCUGUCACCGACUCGCCAAAGCCAGUCUCUUAUCUCCAUCAUUUGCCGCUUCAGUCCCGCAGCCACGGCCACCCACCCACCCAAUCGAGCCCACAGCCACCCACCUUGCCACCCACUCGCCAAAGUCAGAGUCUCUUCUCUCCAUCCUUCGCGUGUCUCUCUCAUGUGGGAGUCUGAGAGUGAAUCUGUUGUUGGUCAAGAUUAUGGUACUGGAGUUCUUAGCUCAAGCAAGCAUGGCGUCAAGACCGAUCGGUUUGAGCUCAAGGGCCAGUCAUGGUAUGUUGCAACUGAUAUUCCAAGUGAUCUUUUAGUUCAGAUUGGAGUUGUAUAUUUCCACUUGCAUAAGUAUCCUCUGCAUUCUCGGUGUGGAAAAAUGAACAGAUUAAUAUAUGAAUCACGCGACCCAGACCUGAGUAAAAUAGCAUUGGAUGAUCUUCCAGGAGGAGCUGAAGGAUUUGAGCUUGUAGCAAAGUUCUGCUAUGGAAUUGCUGUUGAUCUAACAGCAACCAAUAUCUCUGGCCUUAGAUGUGCAGCAGAGUAUCUAGAAAUGACAGAGGACUUAGAAGAAGGUAAUCUCAUAUUCAAAACUGAAGCUUUUCUUAGUUAUGUGGUGUUAUCAUCAUGGAGGGAUUCUAUAUUAGUGUUGAAAAGCUGUGAGAAGCUCUAACCAUGGGCGGAGAAUCUCCAAAUUGUAAGAAGAUGCAGUGAAUCCAUUGCCUGGAAAGCUUGUGCAAAUCCGAGAGGGAUCAGAUGGGCAUACACUGGAAAACCACCUAUGAUUGAUUCGAGCCC